CUAAAGAGCGGGAGGACGCAAAACCUCGCUACUGCGAACUAGGAACUACGGUUCUGCUCACUUCACGCAGCAACAAAACUCAACUCUCAGCUACUUUAACUCAAACCAGAGCUUAAACCAAACCCCCCAAUAAAAAAGGAAAUGGAGAAAAUGUCGUCGAGCAUUGGCGUCCGUCAAUUAACGGUGCUCGGGGAGUUCAAGCCGUUCGGUCUAAUCGCCGAAGCACUUGAUGGAAAAGUCGCCGACGACGCUGUCACCGACAAGUACGAAUACUUCCUGUUUGAUCCUGAAAUCACGCGUGACACAGACGUCGAAGAUAGUUGCGACGAGGUCUCUUCCGCCUUGACCAGUUGCGGCGAUAACGAGCUCUUCAUCCGAGGCAACCGGAUUAUUUGGUCGACUGGUGCAAGAGUGUUUAAGAGAUUUACCUUGCGGUCACCGGUUGUUAAGGUGUGCUGGUGUCGCAUGGGUCAUACAGCUGAGGCUCUUCUAUGUAUAUUACAAAUUGAUUGUUUGACAAUCUAUAAUAACUCUGGUGAAGUAGUAUCACCACCACUUCCUCGUGCUGUUUCAUCUAUAUGGCCUCUUCCAUUUGGUUUAUUACUCCAGCAGGAAGUUGAGGGAAAUAUACCAUCACGUGAACCUUUUUCAUCUACAAGCCCUUUGAUUGGUGCUCGUGAUAUGUUUACUGCACCUAAUCAUAUGCAAAAGGGGGAAGGAAAUGCAGUAUGUUCACAUCUGAUCCUGAUGGAUCCAUUAGAUGAACAAGAACCAAUUUUUAUUGAAGAUCGAGGGAAAUCAAACGUAAUGAAGGAAUAUGAUGAAAAGACAAUUUGGACAAGUGAUCGAGUGCCGCUUAUGGCAUCCUAUAAUAAAGGAAAGAUGCAGCACUCAUUAUGGGUUGCAGAAAUUAUCAAUUCUAACUUUGAUGAGGCAACUGCUUGUUCAUCAAAUGUAAACCCUAUGGGAGUAUUACCCAAACACGUGUCCUUUCGUAGAAUAUGGCAUGGAAAGGGAGCUCAAAUGGCUGCUUGUAAGGUCUUCAUGGCCACUAAUGAUGAUGCAACUCCUCUUGUCUGCUUCUUUCACCAAGAACAAAGAAAGUUGUUGUCUGUUGGGCUUCAGAGUGUUGAGAUAAAUAAUGAGAUUGUGUUUGAUGUUAAACCUGACAUGAGCUGGAUCAUAGAUGCGGUUGCAGCCUCACCUGUGACUGUAACUCGCCCCAGGGUCAAAGUUGGACUACUUCCUUAUUCAGAUAUCAUUGUUUUGGCACCGGAUAAUGUUCUGCUUCUCUAUUCUGGGAGGCAAUGCCUGUGUCGAUAUGUACUACCUUCUUGUUUAAAUAAAGGUCAGCACUUGUAUGAUUUGAAGUUUCCAGAAACAUCUUUUCCUAAUGACUUAAAGAUUAGUGGUCUGGCUGAUGCUGUUGAGGGGCGUGUCAAUGUAAUAGUAAAUAAUAGGCAGAUGUUUAGAUGUGCAUUACGACAAAGUCCUUCAUCAUUAUUAGCUAAUGACUGCAUCACUGCACUUGCUGAGGGGCUUAGUUCUAGUUUCUACAGACAUUUUCUUGGUGUUUUCUGGAGAGAUGGUGAUCCUGCUCAUUUAUCGGAGGCGGAAUCUAGUGUUGAUUCAGAAUGGGACUCUUUUUGUCAUGUGAUUAUGCAACUGUGCAGAAAAUCUAACGAUACAUCCCAAAAGUGUUCUGGUUCAGUGGCACACUCUGCUUGGGACUUCCUUCUCAAUAGCCAAUUUCAUAAUAACUUCUGUAAAUUAAACUCCAUGUUUGGAACAUCGGGUGCGGCAUCACUUUAUCAGAAAAAAUCAAAUUUCUCUAAAUCACUUGUGGACGGUAGAGAGAGUUCUGAAAAGCUAUUUUAUUCGGAUCUGCUAGUAGAAAGCCUGGACUCCCUUCAUGCAUUGUAUGAGAACCUGAAAUUUGACAAUCUUCGGAAGAGGGACUUGGAGCUUCUAGCAAUUCUUUUAUGCAACAUUGCUGAAUUUCUUGGUGAAGACAAUUACUUAGACCACUAUAUUCGAGAUUUCCCUGGCCUCUGUAAAAAGUUUAUGCUGUCUAGACCCACAAGUUCCCAUAAAAUUUGUCCAAGUUUGUUCAGAUGGCUUGAGAACUGCUUGCAACAUGGAUGCAAUUAUACCAAUAUUUGUGAUCUUCCGCCUUUAGUCCGUAGAGAUGCAAGUUCUGUGGUUAGCUUGGCCCGACAAAUAGUUUCCUUUUAUAGUAUAUUAUCUGGUGCAGAAUUGCAAGGGAAGAAUCUUUCUUCUGGGGUUCACUGUAACAUUUCCAUGGGAUCACAUGGUUCAAAGGAGGAGCUUACUGUUUUAGCAAUGGUUGGUGAAAGGUUUGGACUUCAACAGCUGGACUCACUUCCAUCUGGCAUAUCACUUCCACUUCGUCAUGCAUUAGAUAAGUGUCGAGAUUCUCCCCCCAAUGACUGGCCAGCAGCUGCUUAUGUUCUUCUUGGUCGACAAGAUUUGGCAAUGUCAACUUUAUCACGUGAAUGCAAGUAUAGAGAAAUUGAAACACCAACUAAUGUGAAUGUAAUCUCUAUGUCAACACCUUACAUGCUAAAUCUACAUCCAGUCACAAUAUCCUCUACUAUAUCUGAUGCAAUUGGAUUGGAAGGAACAAAGUUUGAGGAUACAGAUUCAGUUGAUGGGUCUAUGACUGAUGGUAUGGAGCAUAUUUUUAACUCGAGCACACAAUUGCGCUAUGGUCGUGAUCUGAGAUUGAAUGAGGUUAGACGCCUUUUAUGUUCUUCAAGGCCUGUGGCAAUUCAAACAUCUGUCAGUCAUAGUGCGUCUGAUCAGGACCUCCAGCAGGCUCAAUUGUGGCAUCUUGCUCAAAGGACCACUUCACUUCCUCUUGGACGUGGGGCAUUUACUCUUGCUACUAUAUACACACUAUUAACUGAGGCAUUUACAGUUCCCAAGCUUGUACUGGCUGGUCGGUUGCCUGCUCAACAGAAUGCGACUGUUAAUCUCGACCCCAACAUCAGGAACAUACAAGAACUCAAGUCUUGGCCUGAAUUUCAUAAUGCUGUUGCUGCUGGACUUAGACUAGCGCCCCUUCAGGGAAGAAUGUCAAGAACGUGGAUAAUAUAUAACAAGCCUGAGGAACCAAACUCUGUUCAUGCUGGACUUCUUCUUGCUCUUGGAUUGCAUGGGCAUCUACGUGUAUUAAGUAUUACUGACAUUUACCAGUAUUUUAAUCAGGAGCAUGAAAGUACUACUGUAGGAUUAAUGCUUGGUCUAGCAGCUUCUUACAGAGGUACCAUGCAACCAGCAAUAUCAAAGAGUCUUUACAUUCACAUUCCUGGACGUCAUCCUUCUUCUUAUCCAGAGUUAGAGCUUCCAACCCUGCUGCAGUCAGCAGCUUUAAUGUCUCUUGGGAUUUUAUAUGAAGGUUCUGCUCAUCCACAAACAAUGCAGGCUUUAUUGGGUGAAAUUGGGCGCAGAAGUGGGGGUGAUAAUGUUCUUGAGCGAGAGGGUCAUGCCGUUUCUGCUGGAUUUGCACUGGGCCUUGUUGCACUGGGACAUGGAGAAGAUACACUCGGUUUCAUCAACACUUUCGUGAAUCGUCUGUUUCUUUACAUUGGUGGCAAAGUUCAAAAUGAGAGAUCUCAUUUUUCGACAAACUCAAUGGAUGAAAAUCGUGGCUCUGCACAGAUGAUGGAUGGGACAACUAUCAAUAUUGAUGUAACUGCACCAGGAGCCACCGUUGCCCUUGCUUUAAUGUUUCUGAAGACAGAAUCCGAGGCAAUUGUGUCUAGGUUGCCAAUUCCCAGUACAUAUUUUGAUUUGCAAUAUGUGAGGCCCGACUUCAUAAUGCUUCGUGUCAUUGCUCGAAAUUUGAUAAUGUGGAGCAGGGUACAUCCGUCAAAAGACUGGGUGUUAUCUCAAAUUCCUCAGGUUGUCAAAUGUGGUGUAGAGGGUCUCGGAGGUGAUGGUGAAGGUGAUGAUGUUGAUGAUAUGGAUGCUGAGGCUUUCGUACAGGCUUAUGUUAAUGUAGUGGCUGGAGCCUGUAUAUCUCUUGGGCUGGUGUUUGCUGGAACAAGAAAUGGAAAUGCACAGGAAUUACUUUAUGAAUUUGCUCUAUACUUUCUGAAUGAGAUCAAGCCUGUUUCCCCUACAAGCAGUGGAAAGGUUUUCCCAAAGGGGCUGUCUCGCUACAUAGAUCGGGUCACAUUGGAAACAUGCCUUCAUCUGAUUGUGCUUUCUUUAUCUGUGGUUAUGGCUGGGUCUGGACACUUGCAGACAUUUCGAUUGUUGAGAUUUCUAAGGAGCAGAAACUGUGCAGAUGGGCAAUCUAAUUAUGGUAUUCAGAUGGCAGUAAGCUUAGCUACUGGUUUCUUGUUUCUUGGUGGUGGAAUGCGAACAUUUUCGACAAACAACAGUGCCAUAGCAGCCUUGCUCAUUACUCUAUAUCCACGCAUGCCCACUGGUCCGAAUGAUAACAGAUGCCACCUUCAGGCAUUUCGGCAUCUCUAUGUGCUUGCUACAGAGGCACGAUGGGUUCAAACUGUUGAUGUUGACACAGGUCUGCCUGUUUAUGCUCCUCUUGAGGUCACAAUCAGAGAAACUGAACAUUAUGCUGAAUCAAGCUUUUGUGAGGUCACUCCUUGCCUUCUUCCAGAAAGAGCUAUUUUGAAAAGAAUACGUGUUUGUGGGCCUCGCUACUGGCCUCAAGUAAUAGACUUUGCCCCUGAAGAUAAACCUUGGUGGAAUUUUGGUGACAAGAAUAAUCCAUUUAAUUCUGGUGUUCUGUAUAUCAAAAGAAAAGUUGGAGCCUGUUCAUAUGUUGAUGAUCCCAUUGGGUGCCAGUCGCUUUUGUCACGUGCAAUGCACAAGGUGUUUGGCUUGACAAGUUCAAAAGCAUCUGAUACAAUCUCAGACAUCCAUAGUGGAUCUAGUGCUGCCACAGUUGAUCAGUUGGUCAGUACCUUCUCAUCUGAUCCCAGUUUGAUUGCUUUUGCACAACUCUGUUGUGACCCCUCUUGGUAUAGCAGAUCCGAUGCUGAUUUCAAGGAAUUUUGUUUGCAAGUAUUAUUUGAGUGUGUGAGCAAGGAUAGACCAGCUCUUUUACAGGUAUAUUUAUCAUUGUACACAACUGUUGAAUCAAUGGUUGGCCAAGUUACUACAGGUGCUGUUGUUUUUGGGGACUCACUAUCUAUAUCUUCUUUUAAGCUUGCGCUGACUUAUAUUGAGGCGUUGAUGACUCAGAAAUUAUCUGCUCCAAAGGGAGGAAUCAUACAAUCAACAUUUGUAGGUUCUCUUAGGAAGCAGGUGGAAGAGCUCCUAAAUGGUUCCCAGGAGUUGAGGGAUGAUUUUCAUAAAUAUUUAAAAUUGGGGACAUGGCCUAAUGGGGAAUCCCAAGAUAAACGUUCGAUACUACUUUCUUGGUUCCUUCAUUGGUAUGAUGUUCCAACUUCAUCUGCAAUCAAGUUUGCCAUUGACAGGGUCAAGCCUAAGCUAAUGUCUUCAUCUUCGGUUCCUUUGUUGCAUCUUUGUUUUCCCAGAACUCAUAUCAACGUCAUUAGUGAAAUACAUAGAUGCUUUUCAUCGUAGGUUAGCUUUUAAUCUAUUGAUUUACCGAUUCUGAUGUACCAUACUUUGUAACUAUAUAUUAUUAUAUUUAUUUAUGUAUUACCAAUUAUGAUAUCGUAUGUUUUAUGGCCUUGCAUUUGGGGAAUUGCAAUGACCAAGUAUAGUGAGCGUUAGUUUCGAUGGGAAUUAUCUCUCAUGGAUAGCUAUUGCUAAAUUAUUUUUAAGAAGCACAAGUAUUUUGAUCUUGAAAGAUGAAGCAGACUUUAAAAAUAAACUAAACCGAACCCUUAUACAGAAAAUGUUGAUAGUGACAUUCAUUGUGUGAUUACUUUAUUUCUUUUUCAAGGAUAGAUUGUACAAUUCUGGUGCUUCCGUUGCAUCCGACCUUAGGCUAAAGUUGGUUUAACAAAUGGGAAAGUACAACAAAAAA